AUGUUUCGCCGGCCGGAGGAUGCGGAGUUGCGGCGUACGCGACUGACGGACAAUCGGCCGCUGCGGCAUCUUCUCGUCACUGGCGGUCUUGGCUUCAUUGGCAGUAAUUUCAUCAAUCUCUUCAUGCGAGAACACCCGAAUGUGCAUGUUUACAAUCUUGACAAGGUGGAUUACUGCAGUAAUUUUAAAUCUAUUGAAAACCCAGAUAGUCCAUAUUAUCAUUUUAUACGGGGAAAUCUUACCAAUUCUGAUCUUAUUAUGCAUUUAUUAGAUCAUUAUGAUAUUGAUACAAUUAUUAAUUUUGCAGCGCAGAGUCAUGUAGAUAACAGUUUUGGUAAUAGUCUUUCCUUUACACAUAAUAAUGUAUUUGGAACACAUGUCCUUUUAGAGUGUGCGAGAACAUAUGGACGAGUAGAGAAGUUUAUACAUGUGAGCACAGAUGAAGUGUAUGGACAAGUAACGGAUUCUAAAAAGGAAGAGGGAACAUUAAAUCCAACAAAUCCCUACGCCGCUACAAAAGCUGCAGUAGAGUAUAUUGUAAAAUCAUAUCAUAUUUCUUUUGGACUUCCAUGUAUUAUUACUCGAGGGAAUAAUGUAUAUGGACCUUAUCAAUAUCCAGAGAAAUUGAUUCCACGAUUUAUUAUGCUGAUGAAUGCAGGGAAGAAAAUGACUGUUCAGGGAAAUGGUAGUAAUAAACGAACCUUUAUACAUGCCAGUGAUGUGGCCAGAGCCUUUAUUACAAUUAUUAACCGUGGAUAUAUUGGGGAUGUGUAUAAUAUUGGAUCUCAUGAUGAAGUGAGUGUGAUGGAUGUGGCUCGAUUGACAUUGAAGUAUGUACCACCUAUGCGAAAUGCAAAAGAUUGGCAAAAAGAGAAGGAAAAUAAUAAUAAUAAUACUAAUACUACUAAUAAUAAUAAUAAUAAUAAUAAUAAUAAUAAUAAUAACGUUGAUGAUGAUCAUCUUCAGAACAAAAAUAAUAAAAAAUUAGAAAAGGAAUUUCGGGAACCAACAGCUGAAGAAUUAGCAGCACAUAUCGUAUUUGUAAAAGAUCGUGACUUUAAUGAUGAACGUUAUUGUAUUAAUGUGGAUAAACUGCAGGAGUUGGGUUGGCGGCAGGAAGUACCAUUUGAAGAGGGAUAUAAACAAACAGUGGCGUGGUAUUUACAUGCAUUUGCGGUGAAGUUUUGGGAAGACUUGCGUUGGGGGAUUCCCGACGGCUGCACAAAGUUCACAGAUGAAGAAGAACAAGAGGGAAUGGGAAUGGAACGGGAGUUUGAAGGGAGAUUAUAA